AUGGCGCUGCGGUAUCUUGCGCUGUUCUUGUUGCUGCGACUCCUGGGGGCCGAAGAACGCUGGGACCCUCUCUAUGGCUGGAUCUAUGUGCCUCAUGCCAGGAAUGUGGGGAAGGAGCUGGACUCCUUUAUUGAACCUGGAAACUGCAAAGGUCCAGUCCUGGUCCUUUUCGUGAAGAACGACGCGAUACGGGCGGCCGUGCUCAGAAGUUUCGAGGAUGCCGCCCAGGAAAUUGCUGGCUUGGCUUGUCUAGGCAUAGUCCACUGUGACGAUCAACCGGCAGUUUGUGCCAAGCAGAAUGUGCGGAAAACUCCGUCGGUGAUGCUGUAUCCCACUGGAAACCGAGCUGCCAGACUAUACCGAGGCCGUCUGUCUGAAGAAGGAUUCACGGCUGCUGUGGCCCAGAUGAUCGGUUUCAACGAUCGCACUGUGCACUUGACUCAUAGGUCUCUGUCCGAAUUCCUUACAGGACGCACCCGGCCCAUCAAAGUCUUACUCUUCUCGCGUCGUCCGCGGACUCCUGUGAUCUUUAAGGACCCCAAGGAACCCAGGGGCUCCACCUUUCCCAAGGCCUUGUCCAGUGAUGCGGAGUUGUGGCCACAUAUGGAGUUCGGAUUCAUACCCGAGGAAGUUGACAAUGCACGGAAUCCCUUGUUGGAUGCCUACAACAUCGAGACAGUGCCGCAGGUCACGGUGCAAUACGGCCCGGACCUCUCCACCAAGCAGACCUACGCAAGCACCGAUAUCACUUACCCGGCCCUCAAGGAGUGGUUGCUUGCCCGUCGUGCAGAGUUCUGGUUGGGGAGUCCGCUGUGGCAGGAGACCACCCCGGAAGAGCCCGAAGCCUUGCUGGACGAUACGCCUGACAGCAACUAUGAAGUCCUGGCCCCAGGAACGAAAGGCUGCCCCACUGACCUGGAGAUCAAGUCAGUCUCAGAGUGUCAGACAGCUCUCAAAGAGCUUGGAAUGGACGUGGAUCCCCGAUGGGUUUCCAACUACCCAGAGUUGCCCAGCAAAUGCUCGGUACGCGAAUCCCCCAGUGCCGAACAUCCGGAGAGGAUGCACUUCAACUCCUUUGUUGGUGGAGCUGGUCGCCAGGAUCUCUCACCUGUUUGCAAACGCCCGGGGGCCGCCACCAGCGCCAGCAGCGCCGCGGCUAGCGCGGCCAGCACGCUGAGCGCCGCGAUGCGCGGCGCAGAGGUGCAGGAGAUCGACAUCUCGUCGUUGCCACAGCAACUGCAGAACAUGUUGCAAAAUCUGGAUCUCAACAGCGCAGCUGAGAUAGACCUGGAUGACCUCAUGCGCAAAUUGGCUGGGAACCUGGCCACCAAGUCCAAGCCUAGGGCCGAGGUCAAGGUGAAUGCCGAACCCAAGGCCACCAGCACUGCCGCGAAGCAGCAAUACGUCAAACUGCCGGUGGGUGCCAACGGUUGCCCCAUGGGCUCCGAAAUCUUGACCUUCGAUGAGUGCAGGCAAGCGAUUUUGUCGCUGGGAUUAAAGCCAGAUCCGUAUUGGACCAGCAGUUACGAGGGUUUGCCCCGGCACUGCUCCCUGCGCGAACGUCCUGGCGAGGGUAUCGGCUUGGAACGCAUGCACUUUAAUACGGCCAAUCGUGGCAGCGGCCGGGACGACCUGGCACCCAUCUGUCGCAAGGGACAGACUCCAAGCAUUGAAGCGACAUCCUCAAAGAGCAAAAGUCAACAGAGACAGCCUGAAAAGAAAAAGGGAAGUGUGGCGAGUGAGACCUCGCCAGUCAUUCAAGAGCUGAACAUCAUGUCGCAGCAGAGGCUCUUGAACAGAGACAAGUUCUAUUAUUUAGUGUACAUGACCAAGGGUGGCUUGACCAACGCAGACGAGAGCAUGCUGCUGGAUGUCAAGGAUCACUUCCAGCAACGACUGGACGAGCGAGGCGUUCUGAUGGACUUGCUCUGGCUCGACUUGAGUAUCGAGCGGCAGCUGAAGAUCCUCUUGGACCCACCCGCGCUCCCAUCCGCCAUGGUGCUCCGAGGUGGUGGCCAGCCCAAGUUCGUGUUGGCUCACCACAGAGAGGAAGAUGAAGAAGCAGUCGGAGUAAAGGAGGAGGACAUAAUCCUUUUGGUCAACAAGGUCUUGGGAGAUGAAGCCAGGUUCCAGCGCCUGAAUGCUAAGAAGUUGGAAAUGGCAUGGACCAAGAGGGGCCCAGGGGGCUGAUUUCGAUCCCGUCGACCUCAGCC